UCUGCCCACUACUGCCCAGCCCUGGCUCCUGGAGGUGCAGAAGGAGGGCUGGGCUCCAGGGGCGGGGGCAUCCAGGGGUCCCCAAAGAAGCGAGGGCCCUCCCCCGGGAGGCGGAUGGCACCGCCUGGUAUUGGUCCCUCCCAAGUGCCCUCUCCCAGACCCCUCCUGCAGUGGAGGCGGAAGGGAAGGAGAGCUCCGUACAGGUUUUUCUGGCCUCGGACCUCCGGACAACCCGCCCGACCAGCUUGUCUUCGGCUCCGCUCCUCCGGGCCCAGCGCGUGUCUGUCUGCUGGGGAGGGGGCCGGGGGCGUCUUGGGAGCCACAUGAGGCCCCCCAAGGCAGACUGACCCUGCCUCCCAUGGGCGAAGACCCGGCCAGGAGCAGCCAUCACCCCCCCGCGGGAGUCGCCGUCAGAGCCUUGCCCACUAUGGCUGGGGGACGGGCCCAGGACCCUCACCUCUUGCUGCUUCUGCUGCUCAUGGGCAGCCACGCCGGGACCGGCUUGGAUCAGAUCCCGUACACUCCCCAGAUCUCCUCCCGGACCCUUGAGGGGAAAGUCACUUCUACCACCUUCUCCCUGGACCAGCCCAGAUGCGUCUUCACAGAGCACGCCAACUCAACAGAUGCCAUCUGGCUGGUGGUAGCCUUCAGCAACGCCACCAAGAAUUUUCAGAACCCUAAAACUGCAGCCGAGAUCCCCUCCUAUGCCAACCUGCCAACAAGCUUUUACUACAUGACCUUGAAGCUGUCUCCUGACUUUUACCCAUGCGAGGAAAAAGACAUUGCUGUUCUCCGUGUGGGCAGUGAUACCAACUGCCUCCAAAACCUAAGUCAGGAGUAUUGUAAUGCUCCUCUCCCGGCCCCUGGCCCUUACAGUGUGAAGUUUCUUGUGAUGGACUCCAAGGGCCAGCCCAAGGCCGAGACAAGGUGGUCUGACCCAAUCACUCUUAACCAAGGGCGGGCCCCCAGCAGCAUUGACACAUGGCCCGGCAGGAGGAGCGGCUGCAUGAUUGUCAUAACCUCCAUCCUGUCCGUCCUGGCUGGCCUCCUGGUGCUCGCCUUCUUUGUGGCCUCCACGGUCCAGUUCUCCAGCCUUUGGUGGCCAGAGGAACCAGCCCCUCCUGAGCAGCUGUAUGUCGGCUCCUUCAUUGGGAAACGCUACACGACCCACCACAUCCCCCCAAGCGAGACAGACACGCUGCCGGUGUCUGCCCACCUGCCCCCCAGCCCUUGCUCGGUCCCCAUCGUCUAAAGCUGGCUCGGGGGGGCCAAUGAGUCACCCCCUGCCCCUCCCCCACUGCAUGUCGGCCUGGAUUCAAGAAGGAGCCUGAGAGGCUCCAGAAAAAGACUUCCCUUUCUUGCUUGCCCCUCCCCUCUCCCUCUCCCCACCCCCCAGCCCCUUCCCAGUGGAGGCCCCAGCCUCUGACCUCCACAGCCUGCACCUUCCUGCUUCACAUUAUCUGCCUGGAACUGAAGACCCGGAUGAGGGUGGGAGCCUAGUUGGGAGGAGGAGGUUCUGAAAGGGGAGGGGGGAAAAUGACCUUCGUUUCUCCCCAAAUAUCUCCCCCCCAGGCCUGGAAUUUCACUCUUAGAUCUUCUUUCCUUUGGCUUGGUUCCUGUCCUUUCCAGUCUGGCCUUUUGGGAUCCCAUUACUUAUGGAGAACGGGAAACAGUUAAGUUUUAGAAGAAGAGCUUCCCAAGAGGGAGCCGAGAACUAGGAGCUGCUGGCUCAGAAGGGAGGAGGAGGGAGGGAAGGUUAUCAGAGGGGCAUCCUGUUCGGGGGGAUUUGGCUCAGGCCUGUCCAGGGCGGGAAGGGAACCUCAGGGGCACCUGGAAGCCAGUUUGAAGGAGGAUUUAGGACUGACAACAUCCCUUCCCCUCCCCUUGCAGGGGCCUGUCCCCUCGAGCUCUGGGAGUUCUGGGAGACAGGGUGAGGAAGCAUAGAGUUACCAGCCCCGGGGAGGAGGCCUGCUGUCAGCCUGACUCACGCCUCCUACACACCUGGGAAGGAGAGGGGCAGGGGGAGGUCAGGGAGGGAGGUGGGGAGAACAGGGGUUCCAGACUUGUGGCUGGAGGGCAUCCCUGGGCUGACCCGUCAUUGGACAGAUGGGGAAACUGAGGCCCUGAGAGGUGGCUCAAGGCUGGGUAGGUAAUAAGCAUCAAAGGGGAGACUCCAGACUCCAGAGCGUCUUUUUGUGGUAUCAGCUUGAGAGCCGGGGUUUUGUUGCUUCAUUUGAUUCAAACAAUUGCUCAGGCAUCCAUAGGCCCCUCCCUUGGGCCGGGCACUGGGCCAGCCCUGGGCUAGCUGAGGAAACUGAGUUCCGACAGGUUUCAGUGACUGGCCUAAGGUCACACCUGGUGAACGCCAAGGGAAGGGCUCGAACCUUAGGUGAGGAAGCCCAGAGAGGGAAAGGAAGGGGCCGCGGCAUUUAAAAGGAAAAGCCAAACUCUUCUCUGCUCGCUGCUUGAGCCAGGGCCCAGUCAGACACAAUACCCUGAGAACGUCAGGGACUCCUCUCCUUCUGGCAUAGACAGUGUCCAGGAGCAUCACAGGGCAAGGGGCAGCACCUAGUUGUGCAUUAGGAUCAAUGAAUCAUUGAUUUGGAGCCCGAGGGACCUUUUAGUCCAGCCCUUGAACUGAUGAGACAGACCCAACGAGGCUGUGAGCUGUUCAACACGCAGGGAGUGGGGGGCAGAACCAAGGUUUGAAACUAGACCCUCAGGCUCCAAGGGCCUCAUCUUUCCACGGCUCCCAAUGGCUACUCCGCUUUUAUUGUCUCAGCCUGAAGUCCAGGGAGGCAGCCUCUUCACUCAGUGAUAGGAGAAAUCUUUUGUACAACUCUUGAUUCAUUCAUUCAUUUAUUUGUUCAUGCAUUCUUUACUGAGGUCCUUCCCUCUCACCCUAAGUUUCUCUCAUUUUUGUAAUAUGUUUCUAUGUAUUGUAUAAAAUAGGCACUUAAUAAAUGCAUAUUUUCCUUCCUUCCUU